CUCUCCCCCGACCCCGCUACCUCUGUCAUCUCUCUUUCUCUUCAUACCUCUAUUCUCUUCAUUCUACACACACAAAAUGUCUGCUCCUGCUCCUCUUCGUCUGGGCUCUACCGCCCCCAACUUCCAGGCCGAGACCACAAAGGGAAACAUUGACUUCCACGAGUUCAUCGGCGACAACUGGGUCAUCCUCUUCUCCCACCCCGAGGACUACACCCCCGUCUGCACCACUGAGCUCGGUGCCUUUGCCAAGCUCCAGCCCGAGUUCACCAAGCGCAACGUCAAGCUCAUCGGUCUCUCCGCCAACACCAUCCAGUCCCACGAGGGAUGGAUCAAGGACAUUGGUGAGGUUACUGGCGGCAACGUCGAGUUCCCCAUCAUUGGUGACAAGGAGCGCAAGGUUUCUCUUCUCUACGACAUGAUCGACCAGCAGGAUGCUACCAACGUCGAUGAGAAGGGCAUUGCCUUCACCAUCCGAUCCGUCUUCAUCAUCGACCCCAAGAAGACCAUCCGCACCAUCUUCUCCUACCCUGCCUCCACCGGCCGCAACGCCGCCGAGGUCCUCCGCGUCAUCGACUCCCUCCAGACCGGUGACAAGUACCGCAUCACCACCCCUAUCAACUGGGUCCCUGGUGAGGACGUCAUUGUCCACCCCUCCGUCAAGAACGAGGAGGCCAAGACUCUGUUCCCCGAGUUCCGCAUCGUCAAGCCUUACCUCCGAUUCACCCCUCUCGCCAAGGAGAAGGUCCUCCCCCAGUAAAUUAAUUAUACAAAGGAUACAGCAAAAAGCAUGAGAAUUUUAUGAUACCUUGCAGAUGAGCGAAAAGGAAUUGAAGGGUCCAUUGGGUGUUGGGAUUAGUACAACAGACAUGAUGGAAAGGCCAAUGUUCCCAUAUAGAUCAGUCUAGACUUGAGCCAUCUGCGACUGCUCUGAGAUGAAGAACAAAUGAAGAAAUGAUCAAACU